AUGCACUCCUGGAUCGCUCUCUCCGUGCUCUCGACACUCACUCUCUCAGUCUCUGCCAUCCCUCAUGCCAAAGGCCACUACCAUCUGCACCCGGCCCGCUCGCCGCUUCACCUGAUCCAAGGGGUGGGCUCGCUCGCCGGCCAAUCGAGCCCGCUUACAUCUCGUGACGCUUCACUCCCAAUCGACGGCUUCGGCAAGUGCGGCGGCGACUCUGGCUUCGGGUGUGCUGCUGGCUACUGCUGCUCGCAAUGGGGCUACUGCGGAUCCAGCGCCGACUACUGCGGUACAGGCUGUCAAUUUGGCUCCUGCACCGGUGACACUUCUUCUCCCACUACUGCGGUCGCCAACACCAGCACCGUCGCUCCUGCUGUCAUCUCUGGUGCUGCGCUUCCAACCGCCAUCAGCAUGAACAUCGUCACCAAGGUACACACCGUCUCUGCAUAUGCUGGUGGCCCUGCUUAUGCAUCUGGCUCUUUCCCAUUCGGCGGCACUGGUCCCAAGGCUGCUCCAACCGUUGCUCCUACGACCAUGGCGACGCAGGUCUCUUUCCCUUCCUCUUCCUCUUCCUCUUCCUCUUCCUCUUCCUCUUCCUCUUCCACCUCCGCGGCACCCCUUUCCCAGGCUACUGCGCCGGCUUACAGCCCGCCGGAAUACAGUCCACCAGCCUCCUCUUCACCAGCUCCCAGUGCGCCGUCCUCCUCUUCAAGCGUCGAAGCACCCUCUGCUCCAGCCUACACUCCUCCAGCUACCACUUCCUCGGUCGCAGCACCUUCUGCUCCGGCGUACACCCCGCCAGCUACUACUUCCUCGGCCGCACCCGCUCAGUCCUCUUCUGCACCCUCCACUGGUGGCGGCGCCGGAUUCGGCAACACAUACAAAAUGUACACGGGUAACGGCGACGUCUCCUCGGGAUGGCCCUCCGAAUCCGACUGGACCUCCUUCGACGACGCUUUCUCCAGCAACCUCGACAUCCUCAAACAAUCCUGCUCUCAAUUCGGCGUCCCGAACAACUCCGACGAAGAGAACAACAACCUCAAAUCCGCCAUUUCCAGCGUCGCAUCUUCCUCUGGCGUCGACGCACGUUACAUCCUCGCCAUCGUCAUGCAGGAGAGCAAGGGCUGCGUCCGUGCCCCCACGACUCAAUAUAGCGUCCGCAACCCCGGACUCAUGCAGAGCCACAACGGCCAAGGAACGUGCAACGACGGCAGCAACGUCCAAAACCCAUGUCCCAUGGACCAGAUCACGCAGCAGCUCAAAGAUGGCGUCGAAGGUACCAGCUCUGGCGAUGGAUUGAAGCAGACCAUUGCGCAGGCAGGAUGUGAUGAUAUCUCGAAAUACUACAAGGGAGCACGGAUUUACAAUUCCGGUUCGAUUUCCGGUACGGAUCUGGGGGCUGGUGUUGCGACGCAUUGCUACGCGGCGGAUAUCGCGAACCGCUUGACGGGGUGGACGACUUCGACUUGUCUCUGUACGCUGGACGGAUAG